AAAAAAAAAAAAAGAAAGCGGGAGCAGAGUCUGCUAGUAGACACGCUCUUCUAUAUCGUGGGUCGCGAACCGAACGAGUGGCGACGAGGCAGAAAGAGCCCCAACAAGGAAGCAGGGGCACACAAAGGGCGGGAAGCAGUCAGGUUGUGAAAAAGGCCAGAGGAGCGACGAGCAUAGAGCGGUGAUCCUUGCCCCAUGCGGGGCUCACACACUCCCGAGUUCCGGCCCAGGCGUCCGCCGGCUACUCCUCCCCCCACCUUCUCCCACGCCUCAAGAAAAUCAGAGCUCUAGCUGCUGUCCAGCGAGCUAGCGAAUUGCUUCAACGACUGACUGCUCCGAGCGAGACACCAUGGCUGCUGCUACGCGGGCCAUCGCCAGGCUGGACCAGGCCUCGACGGUGCUGUUCGUGUGCGAUAUCCAGGAGCGCUUCACCAAGGCCAUCUACGGCUUCGAUCGCAUGGUCGAUGCCUCGGCCAAGCUCCUUCGCGGCGCCUCCAUUCUCAACGUGCCCGUCUUCGCCACGGAGCAGAACCCAAAGGCCCUUGGCGCGACGGUGCCGGCACUGACGCAGCAUUUCCCAAAGGAUGCCGUGACUCUUGCCAAGACACGCUUCAGCAUGUGCCUGCCCUCGGGCGAGACGGCCGACUUCCUGACCAAGCACAAGGCCAAGUCGGUCAUGAUUGUCGGCAUCGAGUCGCACGUCUGCGUGCUCCAGACCACCCUCGAGCUCUUGGCAAAGGGCUACGAUGUCUUUGUGAUCCGUGACGCCAUCAGCAGCUGCAACCGCGAGGAAGUCUCGACGGCCGUCGAGCGAAUGCGCCAGGCGGGUGCGACAAUCACCUCUUCCGAGAGCGCCCUUUUUGAGCUCAUGCUCGACGCCAGCCACCCAAACUUCAAGACAAUCUCUGGGCUUAUCAAGGAGGAAAAGGAACGGACAAAGGCGUCGCUGGAAGCACUUGUGCCCGCCGCUCGUCACUGAUAACUUAUCUCUCUGGCUUAUUAUUGCUAUCACCAUCGCCAACCCCCAGCCCUGUAGGGGCGCCUUUGGUGAAGUCGAGCGAAGUCCGGUGAUGUAAUCCGAUUUCGGCUUUGCAAUUUUCUUCUUCCUCUUCAGCUUUGGCUUUUUAUUUAUUUAUCCAUUUUGGAGUGCGUCAUGACUCUUUGAUUGGUAAAGCCGUCUUCU